AUGCUACGUGGUCUUCCCAUCUCCAAACUCAUCAUCUCGCUCGUCGUUCUCGGGCUUGCGAGAGCCUGCUGGUAUUAUGUGUAUCUCGAGAGCCCCUACGACUACUACUAUCGAUAUUGUAACACUGGUUGCGCCGGUUUAGAUCAAAGCGAAGACGACUUCAAAUCAUGUUGCAUGCCCUUUACAUCCGGUCAAACAACGCCCGCCGUCUGUACAUCCCUAUCCUCUAGCUGUGCUGCUGCCGGUACCACCUGCUCUUACGGUAGUGUGCCCACAACCGAUGCUCCCGAUACUUCCACUCAAGUGACCGAUUCUGCCUAUACGCCUCCCGCUUAUACGCCCUCUACAACCGCCGCUGCCUCUGCCACUUCUUCAUGUGCGAGCAGCUCGGACGCAUCGUCUUGCGCCGCCACCUCCGCUCAGCCCGGUGUCGUUACAGAGACAUCAUGGAUCACGAGUACCACCACCACUCCCUGCGGUAGCUCUACUUCUGAUGCCGCCACUCCCACUACAAGCGAGGAAGCUUGCGAUUGUGGCGAUGACUCUGGUGAGACUAGCGAUGCUGCAGCUGCGACAUCUUCAAACUGGGAAGGCAAUACUCCCCCCGCAGGGUUCUCUGCCGACUCGAGGCGUCGUCGAGGGAUUAUGCGCCGAGGAGCUUGCGACUGUGCCUCUAGCACGUCUGCUGCCCCUAGCACGACGUCAGCGCCGCCUACUACCACGACAUCUGCUCCUGCCACUACGAGUGAAGAAGCUUGUGAUUGCGGAGAGACGGGAGAGACGAGCGCAGCUGGUGCUGAGACUUCGUCCAACUGGGAAGGUAACACCGCUCCUGCUGGGUUCUCGGCUGAUUCGCGAAAGCGAAAGAGGGGCGUGAUGAGGCGAGGCGUUUGCGACUGUCCCACCUCCACUUCUGAAGCUGUUCCUUCCACCAGUGAGGCUCCUACCACUACCGAUACCCCCACUACAUCCGAGGCUGCUAUGCCCACGACAUCCGAGACUGCUUGCGAUUGUGGCGGUGAGACCAGUGAUGCUGGCGCGGCAACGUCAUCCAACUGGGAGGGGAAUACUGCGCCUGCUGGAUUCUCUGCCGACAGCCGAAGGAGACGAGGUAUUAUGCGCCGAGGAGAUUGUGAUUGCUCUUCUGCCACCGAUACCCCCACCACAUCCGAUGCUCCAACUACUUCCGAUACACCUACAACCAGCGAAGCCGCAGCACCUACUUCAAGCGAUACCGCAUGUGACUGUGGUGGCGAAACGAGCGACGCUGGUGCUUCAACAUCAUCAAAUUGGGAAGGUAAUACAGCCCCUGCAGGCUUCUCGGCCGAUAGCCGAAGACGCCGAGGUAUCAUGCGUCGAGAUGGGUGCGAUUGUGGCUCUGCUUCCGAGACACCCACCACCUCCGAUACUCCCACCACUUCUGAUACUCCCACCACGAGCGACGCUUCCACCCCAACGUCUAGCGACACUUCAUGCGAUUGCGGUGGUGAGAAUGGCGAUGCUGGUGCCGAAACAUCGUCUGCUUGGGAAGGUAAUACCGCUCCUGCCGGAUUCUCUGCCGACUCGAGACGUCGUAGAUCGAAGAGGGGUGUCAUGCGGCGAGGUGAUUGUGAUUGCAGCGGAGAGACCAGCGAGGCUGCGACUAGCACGGAUGGUGGUGUCGCGUCUUCUUCUUAUGCUUGGGAAGGUAACACUGCCGGAUUCUCGGGCGAUAACAGAAAGCGAUUUGAGCCUCGAAACACCGCCCCUGCUGGUUUCGAAUCCGACAACCGAAAGCGUCAGUACGAGGGUAUCGUCCGAGGUGCCAACGUUGGUGGUUCUGAAAACCACAAGCGAAACUUCAACAUGGUCCAGGGCGUUGAUACAACCACGAAAGAGAAGCGAAACGUCAACAUGGUUCAGGGUGAUCAUUCCGAUUCGUCUUCGAACGAAAAGCGAAAUGUCAAUAUGGUGCAAGGCGACCACUCUUCGUCUGGGGUCAAGAGAAACUUUAACAUGGCUCACGACAAGGCAAGCGCAUCUGACGAUGAGAAGCGAAAUUUCAACAUGGUCGCGGGGGGCACUCGAACCGUUGCCGAACGUGAUCUCCCCACCGGCUUCUCGAGAUACUACAAGCGCGAGACUGCAACUACCACCACCAUGACGUCCACUACUUGGAUCACCGCCGAUGGGUGUGGCACUGCUACCGAUAGCUCUGCUAGUGCCACAGACUCUGCGAGUGUUACAGACUCUGCAAGCACGUCCGAAGCUACGUCAGAUGUCGCCGCAGGAAGCACCUCUUCCGAAAUGGACUCGAGCAGUCUCCCUGCCGAGACGUCUGCUACUUCCUCUGAUGAUAGUGCGGCUUCAUCUACUACAAGCGAAGCAGCUUCAAGCUCUGUUUGGGAAGGCUCCGGUCCUCCCUCUAGCUUCGCAGGUGACAAUCGACGAAGACAUAAUGCAUUGUAG